AUGAAGUUGUACUUCGACGCAGAAAAGUUCCUCAAACACAAUGAUGGGAGUCUUCAAAAACGUAUAUUCAAUGACAAAAAGGUGACAAAUCCAAAGCAUGUGUUUGCAUUGGUCUAUUCCACUUUAAAAUAUAAUGACUACAUACAACAGAUUAUUCAAAAAUCGAAAAUCCAACGAGACUUGAAGUCAAAGAUUAGCAAAGAAUUGUUGACCUUGUUAGUUCAUGAUUUGAUAUUCAGUGCUAGGGGUAGAAUUGAAAGUGGGAAGCAUCCAAUUAAAGACGCGGUGUUGGCUCACAAGACAAGAUUGCAGGCAGAAUUUAUCAAAUUAAAGUUGAGAUACAAAGUCAAAUCAGUUGACCAAUUACCAACAAAAGAGUGUGAAGAUGAAACUCCAGUGAGGUGGUUUAGAAUUAACACGGUGAAAAUAGAUCCCGAAAGGUUCUUUAAAAAGCAUCAGUUCUUUACAAAUUUACAACCGGUCAAUAGCUUUCAAGAUUUAACAGGACCAGGACUAAUUUACGCCGAUGACUACAUUCCCAAUCUAUUUGGUAUCCAUCCAAAAGAAAAACUAUCCCUAACUGAAGCUUACAAGUUAGGUGAAAUUAUUAUUCAAGAUCGGGCAUCGUGUUUUCCUGCUCAUAUUUUGAACCACAAUAAAGAACACACCAAAAUCAUUGAUGCUUGUGCUGCCCCUGGAAAUAAAACCUCACAUGUGGCAUCAUAUCUUCCCAAUUAUGAUAGCAGUUCCGUUGUUUAUGCAGUUGAAAGAGAUGAGAAACGAGUAGGAAUACUACGCACCAUGAGUGAACGUGCCCUUGGCAAACUGAAAAAGAAAUUGAUUCAAGUGUUGCAUAAUGAUUUCACAAAGAUAAAUUCAAAUGAUUUUCCCGAAGUCACUGGUCUCAUUGUUGAUCCGUCAUGCAGUGGGUCUGGUAUCUUUGGCAGGGCAUCAGACGAAGAAGAGAGUAACGAUCAGAGGCUUGAAAAAUUGGCCUCGUUUCAAGUCAUCAUUAUGAAGCAUGCAUUAUCGUUUCCGGGUGCUCGCAAAGUUGUCUAUUCUACCUGUUCUAUACACGUCGAAGAGAAUGAAAGGGUAGUGAUUGAUUUGCUUUCUGAUCCACAGAUACAAAGCCAGGGUUGGAAAUUGGCGACCAGAGACGAUGUGCUUCCAAGUUGGGAAAGACGGGGUAUUGAGUCGGAGUUUUUUGCAUUAUCAAGAGACCCUGAGACAUGUAAGAAGUUGGCAGGUGGGUGUGUGAGAUCUAAUUCAAAAGAAGAUGGAGGUAUUGGAUUUUUUGCCGCCUGUUUUGUUAGGGAGACAUCCGUUGACGAGGAGGAAAAUGAUGCGAAAGACGAGGAAAAAGACGAGGAAAAAGACGAGGAGGAAGACGAAGAGGAAAACGAUGUGGAAGACGAAGACGAGUGGGCUGGUUUUGAAUGA